AGAGCAAGACUCCAUAUCAGAAAGAAAAGAAAAGAAAAGGAACAAUGAAAAGACAGGAGAGGGGUUCCUGAGUAAGCUGAUUCGAGUGGAAAUCAGACAUCUAAAUUGAAACCCGCCCAAUUUUCCAAAAAGCCAGAUGCUCAUAGAACUGAAGCUUGAGACACUUACAUCGGUACACCUGCUGCCUGUUGACCAAUUCCUCUUCCUUAUCCCUCUUGUUUUCCUUCCCUGCUAUAUAAGCCCCUAACUUUAGUCAAGGGGAGGGAUGAAUUGAAGGUUUGUCCUCCCUCUCAACAGCUCACCGACCGAUGUCACCAGAAUAAAGCCUUCUUCCCCGGCAAUAAAGCUGUCUCAGUGAUAGGCUUUCUGUGCGGUGAGCGGCCAGACCUAGACCAAACCCCUGGCUAUCCAUAGCAAAAUCAUAAGCAAAAUUAACCAGGAAGCUUUUUGCACCCUGGAACCCCACGCGGGAGGGGAAGUCAAGGCAGACUUUCCAGAGAAGGUGAUGCUGAAACAGAAAUUUUGAAGAGAAGGAACAGGAGGUGUAAAUGUGGAGGUCCUGGGACGAGGUUCUUUAUGGAAUGGAAAACGGUUCAGAACCACAGAUGGACGGUCAAGGUAGCAGUGAGAGGAGGUGGGACAGGCGACCACGCCACUGCCCCUGGGAUGAUUGGAAGGCGACUUAGGAGGGGAGCUGGGGCGAGACAGGUACAGGGGUUGAGGAUGAGAAAGGCACAGAGUGACUAGAGGAUUCCUGCCUGCAAGCACGUCUGGAAGGGGUGUCUGGAUCCUGGGGGCAGCGACUGUGCUCUAGGGGCGACAGCCGCCCUCGCCAGGGAUGCAGACAGGCGACAGGAGGGCUUGGGGCUGUGGGUUGGCCACACUACGCCCUCAUUUGUGUGCAGCCCCGGAGGACCAGCGUGGGGAAGCACCCCCACCCUCUCCCAGGGCCCAACCGAGCACUGCAGCGGGAGGCACGCGGUUGUCAAAUGACAGUUUUACGGUUCCAGAUUGCCAAAAGAGCCAGUGGCCAGUCUAGCGCACCGCGCCGACUGGCAUCUCCCUGGAGGCCCUGGGCCUGGCCCCGAGGCUCAGCCCGGAUCUGCAGUUGCCAGACCCUUCUGCCAUGAACCAGUCCAUCCCAGGCGCUCCCACCCCGCCCCGCCGCGUGCGGCUGAAGCCCUGGCUGGUGGCCCAGGUGAACAGCUGCCAGUACCCAGGGCUUCAAUGGGUCAACGGGGAAAAGAAAUUAUUCUACAUCCCCUGGAGGCAUGCCACGAGGCAUGGUCCCAGCCAGGACGGAGAUAACACCAUCUUCAAGGCCUGGGCCAAGGAGACUGGGAAAUACACUGAAGGCGUGGAUGAAGCUGAUCCGGCCAAAUGGAAGGCCAACCUGCGCUGUGCCCUUAACAAGAGCCGGGACUUCCGCCUCUUCUACGAUGGGCCCCGGGACAUGCCACCUCAGCCCUACAAGAUCUACGAGGUCUGCUCCAAUGGCCCUGCUCCCACAGACUCCCAGCCCCCUGAGGAUUACUCUUUUGGUGCAGGAGAGGAGGAGGAGGAGGAAGAGGAAGAGCUGCAGAGGAUGUUGCCAAGCCUGAGCCUCACAGAUGCAGUGCAGUCUGGCCCCCAUAUGGCACCCUAUUCUUUACUCAAAGACGAUGUCAAGUGGCCGCCCACUCUGCAGCCGCCCGUGGUGCUGGGUCCCCCUGCUCCAGACCCCAGACCCCUGGCUCCUCCCCCUGGCAACCCUGCUGGCUUCAGGGAGCUUUUCCCUGAGGUCCUGGAGCCUGGGCCCCUGGCUGCCAGCCUGCCCCCUGCAAGCGAACAGCUCCUGCCUGACCUGCUGAUCAGCCCCCACAUGCUGCCUCUGACUGACCUGGAGAUCAAGUUUCAGUACCGGGGGCGGCCACCCCGGGCCCUCACUAUCAGCAACCCCCACGGCUGCCGGCUCUUCUACAGCCAGCUGGAGGCCACCCAGGAGCAAGUGGAACUCUUUGGCCCCAUAAGCCUGGAGCAAGUGCGCUUCCCCAGCCCUGAGGACAUCCCCAGCGACAAGCAGCGCUUCUACACGAACCAGCUGCUGGAUGUCCUGGACCGCGGGCUCAUCCUCCAGUUACAGGGCCAGGACCUGUAUGCCAUCCGCCUGUGUCAGUGCAAGGUGUUCUGGAGUGGGCCUUGUGCUUCAGCCCAUGACUCAUGCCCCAACCCCAUCCAGCGGGAGGUCAAGACCAAGCUCUUCAGCCUGGAGCAUUUUCUCAAUGAGCUCAUCCUGUUCCAGAAGGGCCAGACCAACACCCCACCACCCUUCGAGAUCUUCUUCUGCUUCGGGGAGGAAUGGCCUGACCGCAAACCCCGAGAGAAGAAGCUCAUUACUGUACAGGUAGUGCCUGUAGCAGCUCGAUUGCUGCUGGAGAUGUUCUCAGGGGAGCUAUCUUGGUCAGCUGAUAGUAUCCGGCUACAGAUCUCAAACCCAGACCUCAAAGACCACAUGGUGGAGCAGUUCAAGGAGCUCCAUCACAUCUGGCAGUCCCAGCAGCGGUUGCAGCCUGUGGCCCAGGCCCCUCCUGGGGCAGGCCUCGGUGCUGGCCAGGGGCCCUGGCCCAUGCACCCAGCUGGCAUGCAGUAACAGGCUGCAGAUGGUGACUGGCCCUGGCUUCCUGGGUGGCUGUGUGGACUGAUGUGGAGGUGUGACAGCCCCAGUGAGCACCUGGUUGGCUGCAGGGUCCUACCUCUGGGUUUCCUGGAAGUGGAUGUGGGCCAGGAGGAAGAGGGAGAAAGGCCCGAGCCCCUGCCUUCCCAGGCCUAUCUGUCCUUGUCUCAAUUGUUUCUGGUCUGGUCAGCCUGGCUCUCGAGAAACUCGGCCAUGAGCAGGGAAGGAACUCCCCCAACCUUGGUGCCUAGUUGUAUAGGAGGAAUUGCCUAAGGGUGGCCCACUCUUGUGAUUGCCCCAUUUCCUCUGGCAGAAAAAGCCAGAGUGUUGUGGGCCAAGUUCCCCGCACAGGGGGAUUUCCCUGGUUUGAGCCUCACUUCCUCAUCUCCCUCUCCUCUAAUAUGAGUGAGCAUUUAGGUAUCACAUCAGAUGCUCAAGGCUGGCAGCUACCCCCCUUCUUGAGAGCCCAAGAACCUGGAGUAGAAAGAAUUUUUAUGUAUUUUUGGAUUAAUAAAUGUUGAAAACAGACUCAGCUGUUUCUUUCCUUUUUCUACUACCAGUUGCUCCCAUGCUGCUCCACCAGGCCCUGUUUCGGAUGCCCGCUGGCCCACUCCCCAAACACCUGCCCCCAGCUUGCAAUUGGCACUGGGAGGGCCUGGAUUCUGGGCUGAUGAGUCAGUUGAGCCUUCAUAAACACUCACCUGGCUGGCUUUCCUUUCCAGGAGGAAGCUGGCUGAAGCAAGGGUGUGGAUUUUUAAAUGUGUGCACAGUCUGGAAAACUGUCAGAAUCAGUUUUCCCAUAAGAAAUGGUGAAAAAGGGCAGGCUAGCAUUGCAGCUGCAUUUGGGACCAUUCAAAUCUGUCACUCUCUCGUGUACAUUCCUGUGUUAUUAAAUAUAUCAGGGCAAUGCAUGCAAAUCAUCCUGAUAUAUUUAAUAUAUUUAUUAUAUUGUCCCCCGAGGUGGGGGCAGUGAGUUCUCACUCUUAGUCCCCUCAGAGCUGGUUGCUAAAGAACCUGGCACCUACCCCCUCUCAUUUCCUCUGUGUCAUCUCUGCACACUCCAGCCCCCUAUCUGCCUUCAGUCAUUGAGUGGAAGCUGCCCCAGGCCCUUACCAGGUGCCCCAUCUUGAUGCCCAGCCAUCAGAACUGUGAGCCAAAUAAACCUUUUUCUGU